AUGCUAGAUCUAGUGAUAUCACCCAGCCUGACUGUAAAUAGAGAGUGCCCUGACAGACUGAAGCUUAACCUUUCUAACAUUUAUGCCACGGCUCCAGAUGACAUAGAAGGCAGCAGCAAAGCAGCACCGCAGUGUCCUCUACAUCUGUACUCCACAAAACAUUAUCCCCAUAUAGUGACAGUCCCAUCUUUCCCAACAAUGGCAACGUAUGGACAGACUCAGUACAGCACGGGAAUCCAGCAGGCUGCUGCAUACACUGCCUAUCCUCCUCCAGGGCAGCCCUAUGGCAUACCCUCCUACAGCAUCAAAACAGAGGACAGCCUGAGCCAUUCCCCAGGACAGAGUGGGUUUCUGAGCUAUGGAUCCAGCUUCAGUACCGCGACUGCCGGGCAAGCACCAUACACGUACCAGAUGCAUGGCACAACAGGGAUUUACCAAGGAGCAAAUGGCCUGCCAAAUUCUGCAGGAUUCAGUGCUGUGCAUCAGGAAUAUUCAUCAUAUCCAAGCUUUCCUCAAAGCCAAUACUCACAGUAUUACAGCUCCUCCUACAACUCUCCAUAUGUGUCUGCAAACAGCAUCAGCCCCUCGGCCAUCCCAGCCUCCACGUACUCGCUGCAGGAGUCCUCUCACAACGUCACCAGUCAGAGCACAGAAUCACUGUCUGGGGAAUAUUCAACAACACCAGCAAAAGACAUAGAAACAGACAGACAUCACAGGGGGUCAGAUGGCAAGGUACGAGCCCGGUCAAAAAGAAGCAACGAUCCUUCCCCUACUGCUGACAGUGAGAUUGAGCGUGUGUUUGUGUGGGAUUUGGAUGAGACGAUAAUUAUUUUUCACUCCUUACUCACGGGAACCUUUGCAUCCAGAUAUGGGAAGGACACUACAACAUCUGUGCGGAUAGGUCUUAUGAUGGAAGAAAUGAUCUUCAACCUUGCAGAUACACAUCUGUUCUUUAAUGACCUGGAGGACUGUGACCAGAUCCACAUAGAUGAUGUAUCGUCGGACGAUAAUGGUCAAGACCUAAGCACAUACAACUUCUCUGCAGAUGGCUUUCACAGUUCAACCGCCAGUGCAAAUCUGUGUCUGGGCUCAGGAGUGCAUGGGGGAGUUGACUGGAUGAGGAAAUUAGCAUUCCGCUACCGUCGGGUGAAAGAGAUGUACAACACCUACAAAAACAAUGUAGGAGGUUUAAUAGGAGCUCCGAAGAGGGAAACCUGGCUGCAGUUAAGAGCAGAACUUGAAGCGCUGACUGAUCUCUGGCUCACACAUGCUCUGAAGGCGCUGAAUUUGAUACAUUCCCGGCCUAACUGUGUGAAUGUGUUGGUCACCACAACUCAGCUUAUACCAGCUCUUGCUAAAGUGCUUCUCUAUGGACUGGGCACUGUCUUCCCCAUUGAAAACAUUUACAGUGCAACAAAAACAGGUAAGAAGAGCUGUUUUGAAAGAAUAAUGCAAAGGUUUGGAAGGAAAGCCGUGUACAUUGUAAUAGGAGAUGGUGUUGAAGAGGAACAGGGAGCAAAAAAGCACAACAUGCCAUUCUGGAGAAUCUCUUGUCACGCUGACCUGGAAGCUCUUCGGCACGCCUUGGAACUUGAAUAUUUGUAG